AUGAAAUUGGGUUUGUCGGUGGAAUUGACCUUUGUAUUGGGAGGUAUGACACUCAUGACCACCAAAUAUCACCUUGUGUCAAACAAGAUGGUCAUUGUAAUGCCAUGGCAUGACAUUCACUGUAUGGUUAAUGGAACAAUUUUAAAUGACCUCCAAUAUCAUUUUCAUCAACGAUGGCAAUUUUAUAAUGGGACCAUUGAGUCUAUUGCUGUAAAUACCUACGAGGGUUCAGAUGAAAUGAAAUUAUGUAGAUCAAUAUGUAAUGGUUCUGGGUCUCAAAAUGAAUGUAGUAUUUAUGGAGAAAUGCUUCGGUUAAUAAGAAAAGCAGAACAUUUUAUUUAUAUUGAACAACAAUAUUUUUUAAGUAAUUGUGGCACACAAAAUAUUUCAAAUAAACUUGGUCAAGCAAUAGCCAAAAAGAUAGUUACAUCCUUUGAAAAAGGAAAAAAAUUUUUUGUGGUCAUAGUGUUACCAGUGUUCAGUGAAGGCCAAUUAAGGCAAAAAUCAAUUAGAAAAAUUUUAGAGUAUACCAGGAAAUCUAUAUAUGAUGGUCCCAAUAGUAUUUUUAAUAUUGCUAAAAGGAAUGGUGUAAGGGAUAUUUCCAGUUAUUUGUGUGUUUGUAAUUUGUACAAUUAUGGAUGGUGUGAAAAAUAUGGAAUAACUUCAAGUCAAAUUUAUGUUCACUCAAAGUUAAUGAUAAUAGAUGAUAAAUAUGCACUAAUAGGUUCAGCUAAUAUGAAUGACCGUUCAUUACGUGGAGAUCGUGAUACUGAAAUUGCAAUUUCUAUUAAAGAAACAAAUCAAAUAAAAGAAUUAUUUGGAAGAGAAGAAAUCAAUGUCUGUAAAAAAAUUUCAUCAUUGAGAAAAAAAUUGUGGAUGGAACACCUUGGUUUCAAAGAGCAAUUAGCCUUUCUUGUUGAAGAUGCUUAUGAGUGUUUCGAAUCAAUUUGGAAACAAGUAGCUCAUGAAAAUAGACUUAUUUAUGAACAAGUCUUUCCAUUAUUUCCAAGAGACGCUUUUACAUAUUACAUCAAUACAGAAAAACAUACUCAUCCGAUUGCAGUUAAAGAAAAAUUACCUUUGCUGGUUAAAGUCCAAGGUCAUCUUGUGUUAGCAUCUCUAAUAUUUGGUUCAAAAGAACAUCAACGAAGUUAUGGAUUAACUGCUGUUGUUACUUAA